GCACGUGUUGCCGCGACAACUUCCUGGAGAAAAGCGCGACUUGGAGGUGAGCGGAGCAGUCGUUUUCGCCAUGGGCAAACGCGGAAGCCGGAGUCAGAGCCAGCUGCUCAACAGUCUAACUAAAAAGCAGAAGCAGCACCUUCGGGAUUUCGGCGAGGAGCACCCCUUCUAUGACAGGGUUUCCAGAAAGGAAGCAAAACCACAGAUUUGUCAACUGUCAGAGAGUUCUGAUACUUCAAAUUCUGAAAGUGAGGCAGAGAACGAACCAGAACAAGUUUCUGGAUACCACAGACUACUUGCUACUUUAACGAAUGUUUCUGAGGAAGAAGAGGAGGAGGAGGAGGAAGAAGACAAUAUUGUAGAUGAUGCAGACAUGAGUGAUGAAGACAUUGGUGGUGAUGGCAAUUUGGAAGAAGAAACAGCAGCAGAUUCUACUGAAAAGCAGGACAAUAUGGCCUUGUCUGCUGACCCUGAGGGAAAAGAUGGGGAAAGGCCACUGGGUACAUCACAACAAGAAUCUUCCGAAGAGUUCACAGAUGCAAAACACGAGUCACUUUUCAGCCUGGAAACCAAUUUUCUUGAAGAGGAAAGUGGAGACAACUCUUUGAAAGAAUCACAAGAUCCAUUUCUACAACAUGUGAACAAGGAACUGAAAGAAAAAGAAAUUCAAGAUAUUGCCACAAAUGCCAAAACUACCCACCAGUUAAAAUGGCCUAUCCUGGGCCAGCUUGUCUUUUCAUCUAAGUUUCAGAAGUUGGAAACAUUUAAACCCCCAAAGGACAUUGACUUAAAGUCACUUCAUCUCCAGAAGCCUCUGGAAUCCACCUGGACCAAGAUCAAUAGCCAGUUCCUAUCUGGUCCCCAGAAAUCAAGUAGCCCCUUCACCCCGCUCCAGAAAGAACUCUUCUUAAUUAUGAAUUCUUACCGGGACCUGUUCUACCCUGAAAGGACUGCCCUGAAGAAUGGGGAGGAGAUCCGCCAUGUGUACUGCCUGCAUGUGAUAAAUCACAUCCUCAAAGCCAAUGCCCAGGUGCUUGGCAACAACAGCAGGCGCCGAAGCCAGAAACUUGGAGUAGGUGAUGAUGAUGACUUCAGAGACCAAGGGCUAACAAGGCCCAAGGUACUGAUAGUGGUGCCUUUCCGGGAAGCUGCUUUGCGGGUGGUCCAGCUCUUCAUCAGCCUUCUUGAGGUUGACAGCAAGAAGAAGAUCAUUGUGAGCAACAAAAAGAGGUUUCAGGGAGAAUAUGGGUCAGAUCCCGAGGAGAGACCACCCAACUUGAAGAGGCCUGAGGAUUACGAAGCCGUGUUUGUGGGCAACAUUGAUGAUCACUUCAGAAUUGGAGUGGCAAUACUUCAGAGAAGCAUUCGACUCUAUGCCCCCUUUUACUCCUCGGAUAUCCUCAUUGCUUCUCCUCUGGGCUUGAGAACCAUCAUUGGUGGAGAAGGAGAGAAGAAGAGAGACUUUGACUUUUUGUCUUCUAUCGAGCUUUUCAUCAUUGAUCAAGCUGACAUUUACCUGAUGCAGAACUGGGAGCAUGUACUGCAUUUGAUGAACCACAUGAACCUACUACCCCUGGACUCACAUGGAGUAGACUUUUCCCGAGUUCGGAUGUGGAGUCUUAAUAAUUGGUCCAAGUACUAUCGCCAGACACUGCUGUUUGGGGCCCUGCAGGAUGCUCAGAUUAACUCAGUGUUCAACAAGUACUGCGUCAAUUUGCAAGGCCAGGUGGCCGUGAGGAAUGUCCCAAUGACAGGUUCCAUCAGUCAUGUCCUGAUACAGCUCCCACAUGUCUUUCAGAGGAUGGAAGCUGAAAACCUAGCUGCAGUGAUUGAUGCCAGGUUUAACUUUUUUGUGAACAAGAUUUUGCCUCAGUAUCGUGAUGCAGUCAUGUCUCACACACUCAUCUAUAUCCCGUCCUACUUUGACUUUGUGCGUCUCCGAAAUUACUUCAAGAGGGAGGAACUGAACUUCACCCACAUCUGCGAGUACACCCAGAAGUCUGGUGUCUCCAGGGCCAGACACUUCUUCCUUCAAGGAGAGAAGCAGUUUCUGCUCCUCACAGAGCGCUUCCAUUUCUACAAAAGGUACACAAUAAAAGGCAUCAGGAACCUGAUUUUCUAUGAACUGCCAACAUACCCACACUUCUACAGUGAAAUCUGUAAUAUGCUGAGAGCCAUCAACAGAGGAGAAGAAGCCACGUGGACCUGCACUGUCCUCUAUUCCAAGUACGAUGCCCAGAGAUUGGCUGCUGUGGUUGGUGUGGAGCGGGCGGCACAGAUGCUGCAGUCCAAGAAGAAUGUCCACCUCUUUAUUACUGGAGAAAAAUGACAUUUUGUUGAACGGAAAAUGGUGUUUGACGUGAUACAUAACACUUGAUUCUAUGCCACUUGGACCCAAUUCUGUUUACUUUUUCAGGAGAGGAAUCAAUAGAAAGAAAGAGCAUGAGGCAACAUCAGUAUUUGAUACUUCUUUCUUUUCAGGUUAUGUGUUUCUGAAAAGUUAAAUGUAAGCCAAACUUUGGUAAAAUCACAUCAUUCAGAGGUCAAGAGGGGGCUAGAAGGACUCCAAGAAAUUGACAGAAGAGCCCGUCCACUUGUGAAUCUUUUUGUGAGCCAUAAAUUUUUUUAUGAUUUUACUUGUAAUUUAUUACACUUGGAAACUUCUUUCAGACUU